AAACAAAAAAAAAAAAAACCAUAUUUUUCCGAUUUAUUUUUGUUUUCUUUGUCUCCUUGUCCACUCAACCAGCGCUUUCAAACCCCAACACCCCCUCCUGUGAAAAACGACAGCCCCAGCGAGAAAGAAACCGAGUCGUACGAUAUCUGGUCCUCUCUGAUGUGAAAUAGUUACAAAGGAAGAAGUGAAAGGGAUUCAAUUGGAUUUGGUCUUGCAGCAGCAGCAGCUUCUUUAUCUGGCUUUCCUUUCUUUCCAGGAUAGUAAAGCAGCUCUCUCACCCCAGUUGUGGCCUCCUUCUAAGACCCACUUUCAAAUCCUUCCCCAUUUUCUUUUUUACUUUCAAUUAUUGACUCAUAAUAUUUACACAUUUUCUUUUUGGUCUUACUCUGAUCCCGAGUGAAGCUCUUUUCCUUUUUCCCUUUAUUUUUUUUUCUCUUUCUCUUUGGACCCGUCUGCAAAUCCACGCAUGUUCUUUGCUACCAAACCCCAAAUGUGAGUUUUGGGCGGGUUCUGUUUUUUGUUCUUCUUCUUCUUCUACUUCUUCUCUUAUUUUAUUCUGAAUUUGGGGUCCAAUUCCAAUCCUAAUCCUAAUCCGAGGAGAAUGUUCUAUCUUGCGUUGAAUUGUCGGACUUACCCUUGAAAAAUUAUCGCCAUCUUGGGUGUUAUCGUAAUUUGGUGAUACCGUUCCGGACAAAGAUCCUCUGCUUGUUGCAAAGAGGAAGCUUGUACAUUUCUUUUGGGGCAAAACGGUGAGAAAUGUUUACAUGCAUAGCAUGUACGAAGCAACCGGAAGACGACGGAGGAGAGCGUGGGAGUGGCACCCCAAGUACAAAAGAAGCCGUCAAAAGCCUGACCACGCAGAUCAAGGAUAUGGCAUUGAAAUUCUCCGGUGCGUACAAGCAAUGCAAACCAUGCACAGGAUCAAGCAGUAGCUUCAAGAAAGGGCAAAGGAGACCUUACCCUGAUUUUGAUACUGCUUCUGAAGGGGUUCCAUACCCUUAUGCUGCAAGCUCAAGUUCUACACCUGCUUGGGACUUCACCUCUAAUCAUCAACUUGGUGCAAGAUCAGACUCGAGAUUCACUCGACCAUAUGGCGGUGGUGGUGAUCCGACACGAGAUUCAACGUGUGAGGUUGUGUUAGAGGAUGAGGACGAGCCCAAGGAGUGGAUGGCACAGGUUGAACCAGGAGUGCACAUCACUUUUGUGUCGCUUCCUAAUGGGGGAAAUGAUCUUAAACGAAUUCGCUUCAGCCGAGAGAUGUUUAACAAAUGGCAAGCUCAGCGAUGGUGGGGUGAGAAUUAUGACCGCAUAAUGGAGCUCUACAAUGUCCAGAGAUUCAACCGGCAAGCUCUUCACACUCCACCAAGGUCUGAAGAUGAGCCACCAAGAGAAUCCUUUUACUCGAGGAUGGACUCUGCUAGAGAAAGCCCUAUGGUUCCAACAAACUGGACACCACGGCACCACUACAAACCCUCUGGAGCUGGAAGCGGAGGAUACUUCCCAUCUGAUGGUCAUCAGUAUAAUGCAGGUGGAUCUAUUGAUGCAUCGCGAACGACAACCUCAUCUAGAGAUGAAGCUUCCGUCUCUAUUAGCAAUGCUAGUGAGGUGGAGUCCGAAUGGGUUGAACAAGAUGAGCCUGGGGUCUAUAUAACCAUUCGACAGCUAGCCGAUGGCACUAGGGAGCUCCGGCGUGUUAGGUUCAGUCGCGAAAGGUUUGGGGAGAGGAAUGCGAAGACAUGGUGGGAAGAAAACCGAGAGAGAAUACAAGCUCAAUACCUUUAAAUUUUAACUUUACACAACCAACAUUUCCGGUAGGGAUGAAAUGAAAGACUACUACUUCAAGGCGCACCUGGAUGUCUCAAACUUGGAAAACGGAACUACUACUACUUCAAGGCGCACCUGGAUGUCUCAAACUUGGAAAACGGAACUUUGCAAUAGAGUCUCCGCAAGAAAUUGGUCUUGCCACCAGUGAGACUUAUGAUGGUCAGAAAUUAAAUUCACAUUGUAUGAUGAUGAUUAUGAUGAUCUAACUAAUAUGUUCUUUCUUACUACCAUUCUCAUGAGGUGGGAGUUCAUUUUCCUUGAGGGCUCAUUUAUAUGGGAUAUCCAGAAGUUUCCAGUUUUGCCUUCGUUGUUGUCUGUCAUUACUAUUAUAACUAUCAGGCCAGAAGGAGGGGAACGAGUUACUGAAAAAUUUUGAGUGUUGUUUUCCCCUUCACGGCUUGUAGUGUUUGGGAAUUAUGGGGAUCAUGUGGCGGUGGCUCUCAUUUGGAGCUUAACAAGUUUGUUCUUUGUAAUACAGUUUAUAUACAUUUGAGAAAUGGAAUUGAAUUGAAUUGAUUUGCAAUUA